AGUAAGUGAUGAGAUCAAUAUUAUUUUCUUGCAAGAUGAGAUAGUUAUCCAGGAUCAUAAAAUCCUGGCAUAAUGGCUGCUAGAAUGUUUCUGAGAAGUUUUUCAAGUUUUAUUCAGCCAAGCUUCUCUACUGCCAUCUAUCGACAAAAAUCGGUACUGCAGCCUCGUAUGGCACUGGCCAGGUGUCUGACAGUCUGUGAUGUGCGUAGGAAGGAGCCAACAAACGGAAACCUCUCCGACGAACCCGACGGAGACUCGCCAGUGAAACAGAUACGGAAACGCCGGCCGGUUAUAGAGAGCGACUCUGAGGACGAAGGCGGCAGCUCGCCUGCUCAAAAUGGCGACAGUCCAGCUCCAACAAGAACCUCUCCACGAAAACAAGCACGUUCAGAGUCUGCAUCUCCAGCCUCCAAAUCUGCAUCUCCAGCCUCCAAAUCUGCAUCUCCAGCCUCCAAAUCUGCAUCUCCAGCUGCAUCGUCGGCAGGGAAGACCCCGUUGAGAAAAACUGCGAGGAAGGCCGUUGGUGGCGGCGGCGCCACGGCAGCCAAGCAGAAGGACCUGCUGCAGAAGAUGAAGACAAGCCCAACAUCAACAAACGGGUCUGCCUCUAGUCCAGAACGCUCGUCAGUAGAAAACGGGAAGGACAGCAACGUCAAAGAAGAGCCGGCUGAAAAGGACGCGUCAGAAGACGGGGAGUCGCCAAAGGAAGCGGCAACCAACGGUGACGCAGAGGCGAAUGAGUCAGGAAAGGAAGAAUCCUCGCCAGAUAAGGAAGUCGGAAAGAAGAAGUCAAAUGGAGAGGCUAAGUCGUCGACGGGGGCCCGGGCGAAGGCAGAGGGGAAGGGAGUGAAAAGAAAGAGUGAUGGGACAGCCGGAGGGAAAGCGAAAAAGGGGAGAAAGUCGGACACUGUGAAGCAAGAGCCGAUGCAUGAGGAGAAUGUGGAGAUGAAGGAAGAAAAAAAGAUAGAUGAGAAGGAAGAGCUGAAGGAGGGUGAGGCGGAUGAGGAAUGUGACGUCAAGAAAUCGCCUAAAGAGGAAGCCCCAGAACCGGCGAAGAAGCCGCGACCAAUGACCGGCAUCUUCGGACUGCAGAGGACCACCUCCCCUGGUGGGGCCGACCAGUCCAAGACAGACGGAAACGAGUACGAUCCGUCUAAGAAGAAGUACCACCCGGUCAACGAUGCCACGUGGAAGGACGGUCAAAAGGUACCGUACCUGGCUCUGGCCCGCACCUUCGAGCUAGUGGAGGCCACGAGUGCCCGGCUGAAGAUGGUCGACAUCCUCUGCAACUUCUUCCGAUCGGUGAUUGCUCUGAGCCCGGCGGACAUUCUACCGUCAAUCUACCUCUGCUUGAACCGGCUGGCGCCAGCUUACCACGGCAUCGAGCUCGGGAUCGGCGAGGGAGCCAUCACAAAGGCCGUGGCGCAGGCCACCGGCCGCACAGUGGACAAAGUGCGCGCAGAAGCCGCCGAAAAGGGAGACCUCGGUUUGGUGGCGGAAUCGAGUAAGAGCCGACAGAGGAUGAUGUUCCGGCCGGCGCCUCUGACAGUGGCCGGGGUGUUCAAGACGCUCAAGGAUAUCGCUAUGAUGAGCGGGCAGGCGUCGAUGACCAAAAAAGUGGAAAAGAUGCAGGGUCUGAUGGUGGCCUGUCGGCACGCCGAGACGCGCUUCGUCGUCCGCUCAUUGGGCGGAAAGCUACGCAUCGGGCUGGCCGAACAGUCGGCUCUGCAGGCUUUAGCGCAGGCGUGUGUGAUGACCCCACCAAACCAGGAGCGACCGGCCCAGAUACUGGACGCAACACGAGAAAUGUCAGCGGAGAAAACCAAGGCCGCUGUGGAUGAGGCGGCAUUGGUGCUCAAAACCGUCUACUGUGAGUGCCCCACCUACGACGAGAUCGUGCCCGUUCUAUUGGAACACGGCCUGGACAAACUGCCCGACCACUGCAAAAUCAGGGCCGGCGUGCCGCUCAAACCGAUGUUGGCACAUCCCACCAAAGGCGUGUCGGAGGUGCUGUCCCGUUUCGAGGGCGCCCAGUUCACCUGUGAGUACAAAUACGACGGAGAGAGGGCUCAGAUUCACCUGCGGGAGGACGGCUCCAUCCACGUCUACAGUCGUAACCAGGAGGACAACACCACCAAAUACCCGGACAUCAUCGCAAGGUUCCGUGCCUGUCUCCGAGACGACGUCAGCUCGUGUAUUUUGGACUCUGAGGCGGUCGCCUGGGACACGGAGAAGAAACAGAUUUUGCCGUUCCAGGUGCUCAGUACUCGUAAGCGAAAGGACGCGGGUGCCUCAGAGAUCAAGGUGCAGGUCUGCGUGUUCGGCUUCGACCUCCUGUUCCUCAACGGGGAGUCUCUGGUCACGCAGACCUUCGAGAAGAGACGAGAAAAACUCCGGGCCUCCUUCAAGGAGGUGGAGGGAGAGUUUUCCUUCGCCAAGAGUAUGGACUCGACAAAUGUGGAGGAUAUUCAGGAAUUCCUCGACGAGUCUGUCAAAGGAAACUGCGAAGGUCUCAUGGUGAAAACUCUAGACCGGGACGCCACAUAUGAGAUCGCCAAACGCUCCCGCAACUGGCUCAAGCUGAAGAAGGAUUAUCUGGAUGGAGUGGGAGAUACUAUCGACGUGGUGGUACUCGGAGGUUUCCUCGGAAAGGGCAAGAGGACGGGCGUCUACGGCGGGUUCCUCCUCGGCUGUUACGACCCGGAGAAUGAGGAGUUCCAGAGCAUCUGCAAGAUCGGCACGGGUUUCUCCGAAGAGGACCUGCAGAAGCACUCUGCCUUCUUUAAAGAGCACAUCAUCGACGCGCCAAAGUCCUAUUAUCGGCACUCCAUCGAGCCCGAUCACUGGUUCGACGCCGUCCAGGUAUGGGAGAUCAAGUGUGCCGAUCUAUCGAUAUCGCCGGUGCACAAGGCGGCGGUGGGUAUCGUCGACCCCGAGAAGGGCAUCUCUCUGCGGUUCCCUCGCUUCCUGCGCGUGCGGGAGGACAAGACGGCGGAACAGGCCACCUCGGCGCAGCAGAUUGCCGACAUGUACAACAGCCAGGACCAGGUGAAGAACCAGGCAUCAAACAAGGGCGGCGAAGACGAGGAAUUCUACUAGAGUUCGGACUUCGGAUUCUCUCCACCGUCGCGCCGUUUCGCCAUUGUACACCUCCUCAGUCAUCAACUUGUGUGACCAUCACCCCACAAGAUACUUACGCUCUUUGCAAUUGCUGUAAAAGUGCGAAAAUCCCUGGUAAACUUCUGCGACCAUCCUGAUGGUCCGGAGUCCCGCUUCUAGAUAAAGGAGCGAAGCCGACGUGAGGACGCGAGUUAUGAAAAGAACGAGUGUGUGGAAAGUGAGUUGUGAAGCGAAUUGAACAGAAUGCGUGCAAGUUGGACGUUAGAGUGUUUGCACUGUUCGGGGGGUACUUUUGUAGACGAAACUUUACAACGAAGCGUGGCUGUUUGUCCGUUUCCUCGCUAGGUGUCACUAGUUUCGUCAUACCAUCCAAUACCAUCAGCCCUCGUCACAUACUGUGAAUGUGAUCACAUCAUCACCACAGGUCAGCAGGUCUCUGUCAGUGUUGCUGACUGCUGAGUGCGCCGACAGGCGAUAUGGAGGUGGCCAGAACGGCUAAAGCUGUCGCUCGUGAGAUGUUAGGCGCUUAGGGGUUCAUUGAUAGAAGCACGCCGAUUUCCAGACUGAUGACGUCACUUGAUCUCUAUUGAAUGACGUCAUUGCAUCUCAUGUGCAAGACUGAGAGUUUCGAUAAGACCGGGUGUUCUCUGCAUCGCAGGCAGUCGUGAUUUGUGCGAAUGUAACGCUCGUUUCUUGUCGCCAGCAGCUAAGUUCAAGUAAAAGCAGUUGGGACAUAUAAAAGCAUAAUUAAUGCAUGUCUGUCUAUUUUUAGGAUGAUGUGAAUUUUCUGCUGCACUUUGACGGUGUUUUAUUACAGUGUUUUGUGCGUCUCCCGAAAGCGAGGGGAUGCGAAAUGGGCGAGUGACGAUUUUGGAAGAGAAAAACAUGAACGUGACCGAUAAUACAAUGUGAUGGCAA